GCCACAUCUGUCUGGCUCUGUGGAAACUCCAGACAGAUUGCUAUACUGAGAGGAGACUGUGAAGAGGAAGCCUGGCACUUUGGGAUCUGAGCCAAUGACCUGUAGGAGGAGAGAGGGAGCGCAGAAGCUUGAUUAAAAUGGGGCUGCAGAUCUUCGUACCUGCUCACUAUGUGUCUGAGGGCCGCUCGCUCAGCCCACAGCCAUGCCAGACGUAAAGCCUCCACCACCAUGUGAUUACCCCUCCACCUCCUCCAUCGAAGCCUCUGGCGGCUCUCCUGCUGGCUGUGCCUCUCCCCUUGACCUCAUCAUAGACAUGGAGCCUUGCAUCGCUAACCUCCCCCUGUCCCCGGACUCCUUAGCCUCCUACCCCCACAGACACAGACCCAGUGUCCCUCACUACCCGGGCCACCAGGGGCCUCCCUUCCCACUCAUGGCCAGGUGUAACAGCAGCACCCUGCUCACUAACCUGGGGCUGAGGUACUGCUCCAACAGGCAGGACAUUCUUGGGGUAGGGCCGGAUGAGGGUCUGGCCCCGGGCUCCUGCAUCCACACAGGAAGCAAUGGAAGCAGGCCUUACAGGAGUAUGGAGAACCUGAACUGGAACACUGUGGUAGAUCCUGGCCUGUGCACAUUCAGUGCUCCCCCCUACAAGAGUGUGGACAGUGAGUUUAUUUUACGCUACACCUCCAGUAGCCACUGGUGUGGCAGUCAUCCAGAUGGAUCUGUAGUGGGGGCCCAUGGACUUGUACCCAACCCAGAGAGCCUGGCGUUUUACCCCCGACAUGGGCUGCCCAGAAAGGACCUACCGCUCUUCCCUCAGUUGCUAUUUCCAGGUGGCGUCGACGAAUGGGAUGCAAGGAAAGGCCUAAGAGAGAAACUCCGCCUCCAGAGUGCACGGUCAUCAGCUGAGCCUCUAAAACCCCUUCCGUUGCGGCCUCAGGUGACCCCAAGUGCUGCACCCAUCGAACGGGAGGGUGUGCAUCAUUACAUGAAUUCAGUAUGUGCUGUUUCCAAGCCACUGUGCGCAGUGCGCAUCACCAGCCCCGAGGAGAUCAAGCAGGAGGUCCUGAGGCGCUUGCAACUCCGACGGCAGAACAGCAGCCCCAACCUGGCCCUCCUCAGCUCCCCAUCCAGCCCGAGAGUGGUUAAGACAUCCUACACAACAGACAACAUUGCAGGUAACAGGAGUGGAUCAGACUCUGCAUCUGAGCGCUGCAGACCUCCUGUGGGACGUCUACAUAUCCCUACGUUUGAGGAGUUUAAGAGGAUGAGGCAGCAGGAGGGAGAACAGAGCAAAGAGUCCACAGCUGGUUCUGUGGUAUCUGGAAAACCUGAGAAUGACUUGCCACAGGAAGCAGAAACAUCAGACAGUAAGACACCUUCUGAUGGGACUGUUCCUCAGUCCAACUCUAGUGGAGGAAACAGUAAACAGCAAGAAGACUCAGAAGAGGUGGAAGGAGAAAUGAGCACAGGUGAAAGGACAGGCAACAGUGGUGAAUCCCUGCAGACUGUCACUUCCUCAGAGAGAUCUCCAUGUAGCACUGUGAGCAGUAACAGCACUGAAGCUCCCACCCCCGUUUUCAGCACAUACUCUCCUAUACGCACAGGCCCGUCUCCACGUACCCCUCUGCAGCCCCUGGCCAGCUCAGCCCCAGAGAAAGCCUCUGCCACAUGGGGAGAUGAUGGGAACAGCAGGCGUAGGAGGAGCAGCCUGGAACCAGCUGGGUCGGUUCCCUUCCCGCCCAGCAGGGAGAACUGGGAUCGGCCCUCCAGCUGCUGCCCAGCUCUCCUUCUGGAGGGGACGGACCUGUCCAGCUACGGAGCCAAGAUCUAUAAGAUGAAAGAUGGCCUCAUUGGAUCUGCACUGGACCUCAUCAAGAAGAGCUGCAGUGCAGAGAUCUCUGCCGAGGCCCCCGUCAGGCUGUCAGGUGACCGGGACGGAGGCUGUGACAUCACCGCCCCCUCGACCGACUGUCAGCUCUCCGCCGUUGCCAUGGCAACGUCGGCAACGGCCUGCAGAGCCGAGGCUGGCAACGAGACGCCUGCAGGAGGAGGAGGAAGAGAGGAAGCAGGAGAAUGCCACACCGGUCUGGGCUGCAGGCGCUCCAGCUCGGACGCAGCCUAUGAGCUGGCUGAGACGGUGAGGGCGCAGCGAGAGUGCCGUCUCCGGCCCCACUACAGCGACCCCAUGCCAGCAGACGCCUCCAAGCGCAAACAGCUGGAGAUGAAGAUCGCUGCAGCCGCGCGACUACACAGCCAUCGCAGAGACCGCGACAGAGACCGAGACCGAGACAGUGCACACCACACAACACACGACACACACAGCACACAGUUCCCCUGCUCAGAUACCUCCUGCUCUUGCCCUGUCAACCAGAAGCCUCUUAUUGACCACUGGACAUCUGGCCAGCGAGAAUGUCAGGGAGAUGAAGAUCUGCUGACAGUGUACAUAGGAGAGAUCUUCCUGGAGUUUGUCAACAUGCUGCCCGCCUUCCAGACCUACUGCCUGCAGCAGUCCACCUCGGUCAACAUGCUCAACACACUGGAGAAGGAGAAAGAGCUGCUCAGAAUCUUCCUGGAUGUUUCCCAGAAUGACAACACAGCACUGCGUCGCAUGAACUUGCGUUCCUUCCUCAUGGCGCCCCUCCAGCGCGUGACUAAAUACCCGCUUCUACUGAGCCGAAUCAUUAAGGUCACCCCUGAAUGUCACCCUGACUAUGCACGUCUCCGUGAGGCCAAGAGUCGGGUGGAAUCCCAUCUGGAGCACAUCAACAUGAAGACCAAGCAGGAGGGGAAUGGUGUCACAUGGUCCCUCCGCUCGUUCCGCCGCGACAGCCGCAAAAAUCGGGAGGUCAUCAACAUUGAAAUGCGAGAGGUGUCGAUGAAGACAGUGGGCUGGGCGAGAGAAAACACACGAUUCGUCAUGGAGGGACCCCUUCAGUUGUCCCAGCCAGCAGAUGGUCAGUGGCUGAGGAAGGGCAGCAAGGCCCUCAAGUUCCAAAAUGUCCAGAGUCUGCUGAUGGUGAGGACACAGCGGGCCGGUGAAGCUCCAGGACAAGGCACUGACCUGGGGGCACGGGGGGAUCAGGGGGAGGGUGGUGGAGAUGGCAUUCGAGAUGGAGUGCUGGUUCUAAUCAAGGACAAGAGCAGCGGGAAGUUCACAGUGCUCAGAGAGCCCAUCCGUCUGGGAAACUGUGUGGUGUCGACGGAUCCAGACUGCGAGGACACAUUCGAGGUGCUCGAUAUUCGGCGAGAGUCUUUCGUUUUCCGUGCCUCGGACAAAUCUCGCACCCAGCAGUGGUUCCACCAGAUUAAGAGAUACGCUCGAGACUUGGGCACCUGGAGGAAAAGACGCAACGCUUUGCCCAACAUCAUGAUCAACACAAACCAGAGCCGCUCCUGAGACUAACCAUCCCCCAACGUUAUUACACUGUAAAUAAUCUGAAUCCUUCUACAGCAAAAAUAAACUGACAACAAGAAGCAUUUGAGUGACGCCACUGUUAUAACUUCAGUAAAUUUCAGUUCAAAAAAAUCUUUCUCAAAGCCUCACAAGGGUAAGAGAAAGAUAUGGCACUUUUUUCUUACAAAGCUAUAAGUGCACCAUACUGUCAUGAAAUUACAUGUGAAGAUUUAAGUCGUAAAAAAGAAAUCAGAUUAUUGGACAACCAAAAAACUUGGGCUGUGCUUGUCAGCCUUGAUUGUAAAGACUGUUUGCUCUUGCAGAAAGAGAGCUGAGUUUUCAGUAAAUAAGGUGUGUCUGUUGAAAAGCAUGGCUGAUCAUGACUGACUGCAAAAAGAAAAAUUGUAAUGUCAUUUUUAUACAAGAUGGUGUGUGGGGGAGGGGGGGGACAUUUGUUUUUGGUAUGAAGCGGUAGAGAUGUGGUCAAGAGCUUUUGUUCAGUGGUUCCUGUUUGUCAUCACUGCCCUCUCCUGUCUGUGUGCCGCCCUCUACUGUAUGUCGGCGGUAGAGCAACUUUCACUGCCAGAGAUGCAGUUGAGCAGAGCCUCUUAUUGCAGGCUGAACAGACCUCCUGUAUCACUGUGUUUAAAUGAGAACUCACGUAACAGCAAUAAUCUCUGCCAGUUUCAAAAGAAGUAGCUACUGUAUAUGCAUUUAAUUUCCCAAGAUAUCCUUUGGCAUUCAGGGGUUCAUCCUGCUUAAAUGAGCGCUGUUCUGGUCAAUCCUUGGAAUUAAGAUAAUCUUAGUGCCAUGAAAGCAGUUUGUGAGAAGUCUAGUCAAUCUCCUUUGUGGUAACAUCAUGUUUAAUAGGUAAAGUCAACCACUGCAAUUUCCUCCACUGUGUGUUAAGUCCAGAGUUUUUCAACCUUAGGUUCAGGACCUCGUGUCAGACCUGGCCAAGGGACAGGUGUGCUGAUAUUUGUUUGAUCUAUUUAUAGGGCUGCAACAAUCAAUUAUAUACAUUCAGUCUAUUCAUCUGAUUAAUCAUUCGGUCUACAAAAUGUUGGGAAAUGGCCUCAAUCUCAAAUUCCCAGACCCAAAGUAGAGUUUUAUAAAGGUAAGAGCAACAUUUGAAAAAACUGCAAAUGUUUUAAAUAAAUAAACGACAAACAGUUAAUUGAUCCACUUUGCGUCAAACAAAUAACUUGUUGACUUAUCA